UUACGUUACUUGUUCUUGUUCAUCCUCGAAGCUUCGCGUUUCCCGAGGCUCUCCUUCUGCCAUUUCUCCUUCCUUCUGAUCCUCUCUGUUUCCAGUUUCGCCCUUCAAUUCAAAUUUCUCUAAUCGAAAUCUCCACCCCCCCUAUUUCAUCACUUGGGGUUUUCUACAGUAGGGUUCCAUUCAAAUGCCCAUGGCUACCGCACCCUUGAACAAAAUCGAGCGAGCCCAUCAGAUGUACCGUGAAGGUCUCUAUGUCGAAGCUCUGAGAUUUUACACUGAAGCUCUGGCCAUGGCCAAAACCAAGUCCCAGAGGAUUGCGCUUCAUAGUAACAGAGCUGCUUGCCAUUUGAAACUUCAUAAUUUUAACAAGGCAGCUGAAGAAUGUACAUGGGUUCUUGAACUUGAUCACAAGCACACUGGAGCUCUUAUGCUUCGUGCCCAGACUCUUGUCACACUCAAGGAAUACCAUUCUGCUUUGUUUGAUGUUAACAGACUUAUAGAAUUGAACCCAUCGUCAGAAGUUUAUCAAAAUCUUCAUACUCGACUCAAGACGCAAUUGUCACUUGCUCCAAUACCUGAAUCAGAAGCAGAGCUUGAAGAGGAGGAGGAGGAGGAAGAAGAAGAAUACGUUGAUGAGUUCAAUGCAUAUGCAGCCAAUGCGAAAUGCAAUGGGGGAAAAGAAAAUGCUGUCGCUCCGAGUAUUACACAGGUACAGAAACCUGAGCAUGAUUACAAUUUGAUUGAAAAGAACAUCAUCCAGAAAACUCAGAGCAACUAUGGAUUAUCUGAAGAAGAAAGGGGCAGUCAGAAGGUUGAGGUGAAAAUGACUACUAAAAGUGAAGUCGUUGCCCCUCGAGCACAAAACAAGAAGGGCACAACUGACCUAGGUCCCAAUGGCUGGCAAACAAUCCCAAAACCUAAAGGACACUCAGCUUUAGACUAUGCACGUUGGGAUAGAGUUGAGGAUGAUUCUAGUGAAGAUGAUGAUGAUGAUGAAGAAGACUCGGGACCUCAAUUCCGUUUUCGUGUUAGAACCGUUGGUGUUAAACCUGUGAAGUGAACUGAAGAUGCAUCAUACAAUCAAAUGCCUUGCUAUCUUGAAUCUUGAUAGAAAAACGACAUGAUAUGCAAUUCCGUGUUUCGUGGAUUUUGGAAAUUCACAUGUCAAAGAUCAGUACUGUUGAGACCUUCAGACCUAUGUAAAGUGUAUUUGUUUACAAACAAAAUUAGCACAGUGGGUAUGAUCAACGGCAAGCUUUGCCCAUAAGAUUUUGUACAGAGCUCCAGCCGAUGCCAUUUGGUUUAAGUAAUGUUCCGUCUGCUGCACAACAUCAAUUUCCGAGUGCUUGUCACAGUUGAAGAUCCCGUCUUGGAUUAUGGAUCAUAUUUCUGGUAUAUGAUGUUCAAUACUUGUGGUAAAUACUAUUAUAUGCUGCUGUCCGGCAUUGAUUGAUGGUAGAUUUAGCAGUAAAUAAGCUUCAAAUUUCAUGGUAUUUGGAAGAAUAAAUACUCGUUUGAUGAUACCUGAAUGAAUUAUUAUUUCACUGCUCUUUCAUAUCCCUGUA